UCAUAAUUUUUAGGGCGGUGUUCGCAUUUUGUUUUCAUUAAUUUCAUGCUUACAAAUUGUUAAUUAACUUUAAAAUAAAACGCAACUCAGAAUGCAGACAGUGGAAAAGUGUGUAUUAGCCGUUGCAGUGCUAUGCUUUCUGCUGCACACAGCUUCGGCCAUCAAAUGCUGGGAAUGUCGCUCUGAUAGCGAUCCCAAGUGCGGAGAUCCCUUCGAUAACAGCACGCUAGCGAUUACAGAUUGCCAUCAGGCCAGCGAACUGGAGCAACUGAAGGGUGUCCGACCCACUAUGUGCCGCAAGAUCCGCCAGAAGGUGCACGGGGAGUGGCGCUACUUCCGCAGCUGCGCCUACAUGGGCGAACCAGGCAUCGAGGGCGACGAACGCUUUUGCUUGAUGCGCACCGGCAGCUACAACAUCUUCAUGGAGUAUUGCACCUGCAACAGCAAGGAUGGCUGCAAUGGAGCGGCCCUGCAACGGAGUAGCCUAAUCAGCGUCCUCCUUGGCACCUUUGUCGUUGGCCUAGUAGCGCAUUUUCUGCGACAAUAGCAGCGUCUCAUCUAGCGAAUGACUACUUUACUCGAUUACUGCUUGUGUAAUUUUUGAAUGUGCCUUCAACUCGAAAUAACUUAACAAAAGAAACGCAUUUCCGUCCUGCCUUUGCGUACACAUAGACAUAUCUAAACACAUAUGUAUUACAAUC